AUGGCUUCCCCGCAAAUGCCCAUUAAGUUUCAGGAACAUCUACAGCUGGUAAACAUUGGAAUCCAGCCUAGCAGCGUUGGUUUCAGUACUCUUACUAUGGAGUCGGAUAAGUUUAUAUGUGUUAGGGAAAAGACAGGCGAGACGUCACAAGUUGUUAUUAUCGAUUUGAACGAUCCAAUGAACCCUACCCGUCGACCUAUUUCAGCAGACACAAUCAUAAUGAAUCCUGUGAGUAAGGUAAUGGCCCUGAAGGCUGGGAAACUAUUACAAAUAUUCAACAUUGAGUUGAAAAGCAAGAUGAAGACGUACACCAUGCCCGAAGAUGUUGUGUUUUGCAAGUGGAUAUCCGUUAAUACUAUCGCACUCGUAACUGGCACCAGCGUCUACCACUGGGCUAUGGAUGGGGAUUCCAAUCCCGUCAAAAUGUUUGAUCGUCAUCAGUCUUUGGGAGCUAACUGCCAGAUUAUAAGUUACCGCUGUGACUUGAGCCAGAAGUGGCUGCUACUCAUUGGCAUAGCUGCGCAAGACAAUCGGGUUGCUGGAUACAUGCAGUUAUACAGCGUAGAGAGGAAGGUUAGCCAGCCGAUCGAAGGUCAUGCUGCUGCUUUCGCACGGUAUAAGGCUGAAGGCAACAGCAGUCCAUCUACCUUGUUUUGCUUUGCAUCGCGCAACGUUCAAGCUUGCAAAUUACACAUAAUUGAGGUUGGUCAGCCGCCUGCUGGGAACCAACCUUUUGCCAAGAAGGCUAUUGACGUUUACUUCCCACCUGAAGCACAGAAUGAUUUUCCAGUUGCUAUGCAGACUUCACCCAAGUACGACGUAAUAUACUUGAUAACAAAAAGUGGAUAUUUACACCUAUAUGAUAUCGAAAGUGGUACAUGUAUAUAUAUGAAUCGCAUAAGCAGCGAAACUAUAUUUGUUACUGCACCUUAUGAACCAACUUCUGGUAUAAUCGGUGUUAACAGAAAGGGUCAGGUACUUUCUGUUAGUAUUGAUGAAGAUACAAUUAUCAGCUACAUAACCACUACACUGGACAACCCGACGCUUGCACUCCACAUGGCUACCAGAUGCAAUCUUCCCGGAGCAGAAGACUUAUUUUUCAGGAAAUUUGACUCUCUUUUUCAAGCAGGUCAGUACAACGAAGCUGCCAAAUUGGCAGCAAAUGCUCCAAAAGGAAUCUUGCGCACACCACAAACAAUUCAGCGUUUCCAACAAGUAUCAGCUGCACCAGGCCAAACGUCAGCGUUGUUACAGUAUUUCGGGAUUUUACUCGAUCAAGGUCAGCUGAACAAAUUUGAAAGCCUAGAGCUUUGCAGACCGGUACUACAACAGGGCAGAAAGCAGUUACUGGAGAAGUGGUUGAAGGAAGAUAAACUGGAAUGCUCAGAGGAGUUGGGUGAUCUUGUGAAGCAGGCGGAUCCUACUUUGGCAUUAUCUGUUUAUUUGAGAGCGAAUGUACCACCGAAGGUCGUACAAUGUUUUGCCGAAACUGGUCAGUUCCAAAAAAUCAUAGUUUAUGCAAAAAAGGUCGGUUAUACACCGGACUACAUUUUCUUGUUGCGCAAUUUGACUCGCAUCAAUCCCGAUCAAGGUUUACAGUUUGCUCAGAUGCUGGUCCAGGAUCAAGAACCACUAGUAGAUUUAGAACAAGUUGUUAAUGUUUUCAUGGAUCAAGGUCUGGUGCAGCAGUGUACAUCAUUCUUAUUAGAUGCACUAAAACAUAAUCGGCCAUCCGAAGGACAUCUUCAAACCCGUUUAUUAGAGAUGAAUCUCAUGUCAGCUCCUCAAGUUGCAGAUGCCAUUUUGGGUAACCAAAUGUUUUCACACUAUGAUCGAGCGGCCAUUGCUCAAUUGUGCGAGAAAGCUGGAUUGUUGCAACGCGCUUUGGAACAUUAUACUGACCUUUACGAUAUCAAGCGAGCUGUUGUCAGUACUCAUUUAUUAAAUCCUGAAUGGCUUGUCAAUUAUUUCGGUUCUCUUUCUGUCGAUGAUUCAUUGGAAUGCCUUAGGGCUAUGCUACAGACCAAUAUCAGACAAAAUCUCCAAGUUUGCGUUCAGAUUGCCACCAAGUAUCAUGAGCAGUUAGGAACAAAUGCUUUAAUUGAAAUAUUUGAGUCUUUCAAAUCAUUUGAAGGAUUGUUUUACUUUUUGGGAUCAAUCGUUAAUUACAGCCAAGAGCCUGAAGUUCAUUUCAAGUAUAUCCAAGCUGCAUGUAAGACUGGGCAGGUUAAAGAAGUGGAACGUAUUUGUCGCGAAAGCAACUGCUAUGAACCGGAACGAGUUAAAAAUUUUCUCAAGGAAGCGAAACUUACGGAUCAACUUCCUCUUAUCAUUGUUUGCGACCGAUUUGAUUUUGUGCAUGAUCUCGUCCUUUAUCUAUUCCGCAACAAUUUGCAGAAGUACAUUGAGAUUUAUGUGCAGAAGGUUAAUCCUGCACGUCUACCUGUGGUAGUUGGUGGUCUUUUAGACGUUGAUUGUUCGGAGGACGUAAUCAAACAACUGAUGGCAGUUGUUCGUGGUCAAUUCAACACCGAUGAACUUGUUGCUGAAGUGGAGAAGCGUAAUCGACUAAAAUUGUUGCUUCCAUGGCUUGAAUCGCGAGUACACGAAGGAUCUGUAGAACCUGCAACACAUAAUGCUCUUGCAAAAAUUUACAUUGACCUGAAUAACAAUCCUGAACGUUUCUUGAAAGAAAAUCAAUAUUAUGAUAGUGCUGUCGUCGGUAAAUACUGUGAAAAACGCGAUCCACAUUUAGCUUGUAUUGCAUAUGAACGUGGACACUGUGACCAAGAUCUAAUCCGAGUUUGUAAUGAGAAUGCAUUAUUCAAAACUGAGGCUCGUUACUUGGUUCGACGGAAAGAGCCUGAGCUAUGGGCAGAAGCUUUGAGUGAAACUAAUGCCUAUCGCCGACAGUUGAUCGACCAAGUUGUUCAAACAGCACUUUCUGAGACCCAGGAUCCUGAGGAGAUAUCCAUUUCUGUAAAGGCGUUCAUGGCCGCUGAUAUGCCCAAUGAACUUAUUGAACUUCUUGAAAAAAUUGUUCUGGACAAUUCAAUAUUUUCUGACCAUCGAAACCUUCAAAAUCUCUUGAUUUUAACUGCAAUUAAAGCUGAUAAAAGUCGUGUCAUGGAAUAUAUCAAUCGUCUAGAUAAUUAUGAUGCUCCUGAUGUUGCUAAUAUAGCUAUAAAUAAUUCUCUUUUCGAAGAAGCUUUUGCCAUUUUCAAGAAAUUCGAAGUCAAUACGUCUGCUAUACAAGUUCUUAUCGAUCAUGUCAAGAAUCUUGAUAGAGCUUACGAGUUCGCUGAGCGUUGUAAUGAGUCGGCUGUUUGGAGUCUUCUAGCUCAUGCUCAAUUAGCCCAAGGUUCCAUUAAGGAAGCCAUAGACUCCUACGUAAAGGCAUCUGAUCCCAGUCGAUUCCAAGCAGUUUCCGAAGCUGCUUCAAACUCAGGAAACUGGGAAGAUCUAGUUCGGUACCUCCAAAUGGCACGGAAGAAAACUCGUGAAACAUUCAUUGAAUCAGAGCUUGCCUUUGCGUAUGCAAGAACCAAUCGUCUCUCAGAUCUGGAAGAGUUCAUUUCUGGACCAAAUCAUGCCAACAUAACCGCAGUAGCUGAUCGUUGCUUCGAUCAUCAGUUAUAUGAGGCGGCAAAAAUCCUUUACUCAAAUGUUAGCAACUACUCUCGCUUAGCCAUAACUUUGGUUCACUUAGGCGAAUACCAAGGAUCUGUGGAUGCUGCUCGUAAAGCCAAUUCAACACGUACAUGGAAGGAAGUUUGUUUUGCUUGUGUAAAUCAUAAAGAAUUCCGCUUGGCGCAGAUGUGUGGUUUACAUAUCGUUGUACAUGCUGAUGAACUAGGUGAUCUCAUCAAUUAUUAUGAACAACGUGGUCAUUUUGAUGAACUUAUUCAACUUUUGGAAGCUGGUCUAGGUUUGGAGCGUGCACAUAUGGGAAUGUUCACUGAACUGGCAAUACUGUAUUCAAAGUUCAAACCGGAGAAGAUGCGCGAACAUUUAGAGCUUUUCUGGUCUCGAGUGAAUAUUCCAAAAGUUCUUCGUGCCGCUGAACAAGCUCAUUUAUGGUCGGAACUAGUAUUUCUUUACGACAAGUAUGAAGAAUAUGACAAUGCCAUCCUUACGAUGAUGAGUCAUCCUACUGAAGGAUGGCGGGAAAAUCACUUUAAAGACUUAAUAACACGAGUAGCCAAUGUUGAACUGUACUACAAAGCUAUCCAAUUUUACUUAACCUAUAAACCAUUGCUUCUGAACGAUUUAUUGAUGGUUUUAUCUCCACGUUUGGAUCAUACACGUGCAGUGAAUUUCUUCAUUAAAGCUGGUCAUAUAGCAUUAGUGAAACCAUAUUUACGUUUUGUUCAACAAAAUAAUGCAAACAAUAAGUCUGUAAAUGAGGCACUAAACGAUUUAUUGAUUGAAGAAGAGGAUUACCAGGCUUUAAGGCAAUCUAUUGAAACUCAUAGUAAUUUUGACCAUAUUGCUUUGGCACAGCAGCUAGAACGUCAUGAACUUAUUGAAUUCCGUCGCCUUGCUGCUCUACUUUUCAAAGGUAGCAAUCGGUGGAUGCAAAGUAUCGAACUAUGCAAACGUGAUCAACUGUACUCCGAUGCAAUGCAAUAUGCAUGUGAUUCUCGAGAUCCUGAGACAGCCGAAGAACUACUACGUUGGUUCCUCUCUGAAAAUCUUCCAGAUUGCUUUGCUGCAUGUCUUUACCGUUGUUAUGAUCUCCUGCGUCCAGAUGUCGUCUUGGAACUUGCAUGGCGCAAUGGGCUCGUCGAUAUGGCAAUGCCGUUCUUAAUCCAAACACUAAGAGAACUGACAACUAAGGUCGAUCGUUUGGAGCGUUCUGAGCAAACUCGUGCAGCUGAAGAAGAAAAAGCUGAACAGGCGGUUAAUCCGUUAGUGAUGCGGAAUGAACCGCAGUUAAUGCUGCCAGGACCAGGAGGAGCUAUUCCAACAGCCCUGAUUCCACCGACUGCCCCCCCGUUAGGCAUGUUUGCCACUUUUGUCUGUAUAUUAUCUAACUUAAUUUUUAUUUUAGCAAAAUUGUUUUGGUUUCGUGUUUCCGAAUUUAUUCUACCGCAAAUAUCAGUACUGUUAAUUGACUGUAGGAGGCACCUCUUACAAUUGCUCUAUAAAAUGUAUUGUCUACAAAGAAUACAGCCUUCUUCAGUGAUAACCUUUUUAAAGCUGGUAGUAAAAAAAAAUUGAUGUAUUUCGAAAUAUAUUCCAACUAUUGUUAUUUGUAAUUCUGCAACUGACGUUUACUUGCAAUCAUAUUGAUUGAAAAUGUUUCGCAUAUGUAUUUCGACUACUCAUUGACUUCAGCAUACAUUUAUCUUUAUACUCAAACUAAGCUGACCUUUAUUCAUUCCAUUGCAAUUCAUUUGUUUUUAGCUAACUCAUCAAAUUAUUGUUUCA